ACACACAGGUGACACACACACCACUGGAGGACAGAGAUGGCUGGAGCUGCCCCACCAAAGAGGCAGGACACUCGGAAGUUUUUCGAGAAUCUGUCCGGAGAAGGAAAGUCCAUCGCGGUGCUGACCAGCGGAGGAGAUGCCCAAGGUAUGAAUGCAGCGGUCCGGGCGGUCGUCCGAAUGGGCAUCUACGUGGGAGCGAAGGUCUACUUCAUCCACGAGGGCUACCAGGGGAUGGUGGAUGGUGGAGACAACAUCAAGGAGGCGACGUGGGAAAGCGUAUCCAGCAUGCUGCAAGUGGGUGGGACAGUCAUUGGCAGCGCCCGCUGUAAAGAGUUUCGCACCCACGAGGGCCGUUUGAAGGCUGCACACAACCUGGUUCAGAGGGGCAUCACCAACCUGUGUGUGAUUGGUGGAGACGGCAGCUUGACCGGCGCCAACCUCUUCAGAGAGGAGUGGAGCGGCCUGUUGGAUGAGCUUCUGCAGCAAGGUCUGAUUAAUGAGGAGGCAGUCCGCAGUAACUCUGUGCUCCACAUUGUCGGCAUGGUCGGCUCCAUCGACAACGAUUUCUGCGGCACCGACAUGACCAUCGGCACCGACUCGGCCCUGCACCGCAUCAUCGAAGUGGUUGACGCCAUCAUGACCACCGCUCAGAGCCACCAGAGGACAUUUGUGCUGGAGGUGAUGGGCCGGCACUGUGGAUACCUGGCUUUGGUCAGUGCUCUGGCAUGUGGAGCAGACUGGGUGUUUAUCCCUGAGAUGCCUCCUGAAGAUGGCUGGGAGGACAGCAUGUGUCAGAAACUAUCUGAGAACCGUGCUGAAAGGAAAAGGCUCAACAUUAUUAUAGUAGCUGAAGGUGCCAUAGAUAGCCACAACAAGGCUAUAACUCCUGAUUAUAUCAAGGAACUGGUAGUCCGCUGCCUGGGUUUUGACACCAGGGUCACCAUCUUAGGCCAUGUGCAGAGAGGUGGGACCCCUUCUGCCUUUGACAGGAUCCUGGCCAGUCGUAUGGGCGUGGAGGCAGUGCUGGCCUUAUUGGAAGCCUCUGCCAACACUCCGGCCUGUGUUGUGUCUCUGGUCGGCAACCAAGCUGUCCGACUACCACUUAUGGAGUGUGUUCAGAUGACCCAAGAAGUGCAGAAGGCCAUGGAUGAGAAGAAAUUCGAAGAGGCGGUGAGACUGCGUGGCAGGAGCUUUGAAAACAACCUGAGCACCUACAGACUCCUCUCCUACCGGAAACCAGACUCUGAACUUCCAAAUAGCACCUUCAACGUGGCAGUGUUGAACGUCGGCGCACCUGCAGCAGGUAUGAACGCCGCCGUGCGUUCAGCCGUCAGAGUGGGAAUCACUGAGGGCCACAAAAUGUUUGCCGUCAGCGACGGCUUCGAGGGAUUCUACAAGGGACAGAUCAAGGAGAUCAAAUGGGGAGAUGUAGGCGGUUGGACCGGCCAGGGAGGAUCCCUGCUAGGGACAAAAAGAACUCUUCCAGGCAAACAUCUGGAUAAAAUUGCUGAGCAGAUGAGGAUCCAUAACAUUAACGCUCUGCUCGUCAUCGGUGGAUUUGAGGCCUACUUGGGAUUGGUGGAACUUUCUUCUGCGCGGGACAAAUAUAACGAGUUGUGUGUUCCCAUGGUUAUGGUCCCCGCCACCGUCUCCAACAACAUACCUGGUUCAGACCUCAGCAUUGGCUCAGACACCGCUCUGAAUGCCAUUACUGAUGCCUUUGAGUCUCUGCUGGAGCUGUACGAGGCCCGGGCCGACUAUGAGGAGUUUUGCAUCCCGAUGUGCAUGCUGCCUGCUACCAUUAGUAACAAUGUGCCGGGCACAGACCUCAGUAUCGGCGCUGACACGUCCCUCAACGCCAUCGUGGAGACUUGUGACCGCAUCAAGCAGUCAGCCAGUGGCACCAAGCGGCGGGUCUUCAUCAUUGAGACCAUGGGGGGCUACUGCGGCUACCUGGCCACCGUGGGCGGUCUGGCUGCGGGCGCGGACACAGUCUACAUCUACGAGGAGCCGUUUGACAUCCGGGACCUGCAGGCCAACGUGGAGCAUCUGACGCAGAAGAUGAAGACGAGCAUCCAGAGAGGUUUAGUGCUCAGGAAUGAGAACUGCAAUGAGAACUACACCACUGACUUCAUCUACCAGCUGUACACUGAGGAGGGACGAGGAGUGUUUGACUGUAGGAAGAAUAUCCUCGGUCAUAUGCAGCAGGGAGGAGCUCCGUCUCCAUUUGAUAGAAACUUUGGCACCAAAGUUGCUGCUAAAGCCAUUCAGUGGGUCACACGGACGCUCAAGGAGUCUUACAAAGGAGGGAGAGUCUUUGCUAACUCAGAGGAAACUGCCUGUCUGUUGGGGAUGAGACGUAGAGCGAUGGUCUUCCAGCCCGUCUCACAGCUGCGGGACGAGACUGACUUUGUCCACAGGAUCCCUCAGGAGCAGUGGUGGCUGAAGCUCCGUCCUCUGAUGAAAAUCCUGGCCAAGUACAAGACGAGCUACGACGUGUCCGACUCCGGACAGCUGGAACACGUGACCCGGUUUCGAACCAAAGAGAGCAACACCUCAUCGGCCAUCUGAAAGCACCGCUGCACUCUACUGCCAGAGAAACUGCUUCACUCCAGCAAAAUCAUUAAAAAAAACAGUGACGGCUAAUUCACAAAAUGAUUGACUGAGCACUGAUUGACUGCACAUAAAUUAAAAAGGUAGAUUAAAAAAAAAAAAAAAAGGUUAUUAUAUACGGUAAAGUCAUGGCACUUCUAAGAAGGAAUCUUCUAUAUCUUAGA